CUUGUACCUCGGACAGCGCCACGCGCCACAGACGCAUCUGUGAAGCGAGGGAACUUCCACCGUUCAUUUGCGCAAACAUCAAACUCAGACGAUGUCUCUUCUCUUUCUUAGUUUUUGAUACUUUGCCAAUAUCCUUUACAAGUUCCUUUACGACUUUCUGUUCUACGUGGAAGGAUUGCAGCGGAUAAGCCUUCGUCCUCCUGCUGGGAUCGAAAAGAGCGGAGCAACGACGCACUCGGAACGCCGAGCAUCGGGAUCCUCUCUCGCCGUGUGCUCGCCUCCUCCUGCUGGAGCCACAGAGAUGCCCGGGGAAGGAUGUGCUCCAGCCGCAAGAUCCUGUGGAGCCUGCUCCUGCUCUCCGUGGUGGAAGUUGGCCUGGGUGUGGCGAGCAUCGUCCUGGGUGCGGUGGGCAUCAGCUGGGUGCGCGGGGAGCACAAGCCACAGCAGGGCGACGCGUCUCCGGUGUGGAGUGGACUUUGUUUUCUGCUCUGUGGGAUGUGCGGCGUGUUGUGUGCUCGGAAGAGGACAGGUCUUAUUAUGAUCCUUUUCUCAGCAUGCUGCAUCUGUGGCCUGAUUGCCGGGAUUCUCAACUUCCAGUUUGUUCGGGCGCUGAACAAACGGCCAAACUCAAUGCAAUCUAUCCACCUGGCUGCCAUGACACUGGCUUGUCUGGGGAUCUCAACUUGUACCUUAUCGACGUGGCUUACCUGUCGACUGGCCAGCUCUGAGCAGCAGAGGAUGUUCAUGGAGAGGGAGCACUCACUGCACCAUUCGCAUGAAAUGACCGAGAAGGAGGUCCUUGACAACUCCAGUAACGGCAUUCCUCAGGUCUCCUACAACGGACACACUUCAGCAUCACCUUAACAAUCUGGAGCACACCAAAACAAAGACGAUUACCGCAAUACCAUGUGUGAGACAGAAGGUUUGGCUUGUGGUUGACUAAACAUAUCCCACUCCUCUGUCCUGAAUGCACAGAGUGGAUCGAGGCUCUCACCUUGAAAACCUUUACUACGGUCAGAGAGAGACGUGCAGCGUUAGGACAGCUUUUGUGCUUCUCAAUUAUUUAUGCAAACAAAGGUUCAAAAAUCCUCAGCUCGAACCAAAGCAAGGAUGCUGAACUGCUGUUUGGAUGACAGCUCAGGUGAACAUCUUUGUGACCUCUCUUAACCUUAACAAGGAGGAAGGAAGGAUUGUUAUCUUGAAGCAAUGAGCACAAAGUUAGCAUGCAGCUGAUCUAUGUAUCAAAGAACUAUUGUUAUAUCAGUCUCACUGUCUUAAUUCAAUCUCUGUCUCGUAAUCAGUUUAAUGAAUGCAGUCUGAGAUAGCCAACAGUAAACUGUAUCUAUUGUCUGACGAUGGAAUGCUUUGACACGGCGGUGAGCAGCUGUACCGGACUAUAUAACAAUGCUUGUAUAUGACGUAUCUAUAAAUCAUUAUUUUUGUAAUGCUUCUUAUAAAGUUACAUUAAAUGAAGUAUGGCUAAUCUAUGA